AUGGAAAGCAAGCUUGACCGUAAGCUCAGAGAAAUGAACACCAAGAUUGCAACCCUGGAGAGGGGAACCGCCCCAGAAGAAAGCUUCAGGCCGGGCCAACAUCCCUUCACAAGGGAGCUCAUGAGGGCAGAGCUUCCGAAGGGUUUUAAACCCCCUACGUUCGAGGCUUACAAUGGGAAGGGCGAUCCCAAUGACCACAUCAGUUACUUCAACACCAUGAUGACGGUCUAUGGUGGGUCCGAUGUAGUAUCUUGCCGAUCUUUCCCCACCUCAAUCAAGAGGCCCACGACGUUGUGGUUCGCCAAACUGAAGCCUAACUUGAUCUGCAGCCUUAUAGAAUUAGCCAAGGCCUUCGUCAGCCGCUUCCAAAAUAGUGUGAAGCAAAAUAAGAUGGCUGCCAACCUGUUGGCAGUUAAGCAACGUUCUGACGAGUCCAUAAGAGACUACAUUACCCGCUUCAACGCGAAAAGCCUGAAGAUCAAGGACCUAGACGAUGCGAUGGCCUUCAACGCCUUACACAACGAGAUCACCAACCACGACCUAGUGAAGUCACUUGCACUGGAUUCAGUAAUGACCCAGACUCAGCUCAAAAGGCAAAAGCAAAGGCAAGGUUCAUCGCGGUGGCCGAAGUUCCAGAGAAGAAAGCGCGUACUGAGCCCAUAA